AUUAGCUGUCAGUGGUUGUUGUGAAUUCUUCGUUUUAACACCGUAUAAUAUGGCAACUAGCAGCUUUGUGAUAAAUGAAAAAGAUAUUAAAUGUAAUAUUUGUACGAAAUCAUGGAUAGACAAAGACCCAAAGCAACUCGAAUGUCAACAUGUCUUCUGCUAUAAAUGUUUGGCUAAGACUCUUGAAGAUAAUGUUAGGUUGACUUGUAAAACUUGUAAACGUGUUACUGAGGCUACCCUAGGAAUUAGCACACUCCCUAGCUGUAAGUUCUCACAGCUCUUCAAGACAAAAAAAGAUGUACCAACUUGUGUAAUACAUCCUGCAAUAGUACCACCCUUCUACUGUGAAUAUUGUAAAGCAACAAACCUCUGCGUAGAAUGUAUGAGGAAACAUACAUCAGAUCCAAACUGUAGAGUUGCGCCCAUGGCUGAUUUACAAAUGUUAGUUCGAAUGAUAGAGGAGGAAAGAGAAAAUCAAGAGAAACAAGAAACAGCCAUAAAAGGGAUCAUGCAACAAGAAAAAGAGAAAUGUAUUAAGAUGUUGAAUAAUAAGUUCGAUGAAAUUCUAUCUAAAGUCACAGACAUAUUCGAAAAUAGACAAAAAGAUUUGAAGCUUCUGUUGAGAAAAGAAAACUAUUUCAUGUCUGGAGAGGAUUUACAACAUCGCUUGAAGGAGCUUUGUGGACGUACGAUAAAACCUAACAUACAACCUAACAUCACUCUUGAUUAUGAGUUAUUUAAUGACCAUGAUUGUAUAGUUGAGAAAAAUAUUGAUGAUAUGAAACUUGACUAUAUAAAGACCAUACACACUGAUCGAGAUUGUCGAUACUGGAUGGAUAAUGCUUUCUAUAUUUGCCUAAGUACUGAAAAGUAA